GUUAGAGAAAAUAAAGCAGAGUAAUUAAUGCUUUUUCUGAUUAUAAAUAACACUGGUUGAUUUCUUGCUCAGUAAAACAUAUGUCAUAUACGAAUAUUAUGCGGGUAAAAAAUAAGUAAAAUUAUUGAAAAUGAUUUUUCAUGAAGUUUUCAUUAGAACCUCUUCAGAAAUAUCUACUUGUCCCGAAUACAAAUUUCAGAAAUAUUGGCGAGAAGUCCAGAACUUCAUUUAGUUCUUCGUUCAGAGACAUGCCGACAUCUUGAACCCUGCCCUAAAAUCAACCAAAACCAUUCUGCAAUGACGAAGUCCACUCUGUGGCGUCGUAGAAGUUCCAAAGCACAUUAUUCAAGAAUAUUUUCAUUCGUUUUUAGUUGUGCUUUGAUAUUAUUUUCCAUUUGUUCCAUCACCAUGUGUUCCGAGUUCGGAACCGAAGACCCAUCUUCUCCUUCUUAUGAUCAAGUACCUUGUUCUGUGUUCUGUGAGUGUGUUGGACCCGAGUUUGCUGUCCAGGCAGACUGUUCAAAUCGGACAUUGACCUCUGUGCCAAGUGACCUCAGCCCUGCAACAGCAAAAUUGUACCUUAGUGAUAAUAACAUUACAAAACUUGAAGAUUCAGCUUUCUUCAAUUUAUCCAGUUUACUGGAAUUAAAUCUAGCGCACAACAACAUUUCUACUCUUUCAUCUAAUGUAUUUAUUAGUAUCACUAAAUUACGCUCAUUGUGGCUUCAAAACAACGUCCUGACCGAAGUCCCAACAGCUGCACUCGAGCCCCUGAGCAGUUUAGAAUCUCUGCAUUUAGAUGGCAACCAAUUGCAGAGUGUACCCCCCGGGAGCCUCAAGUCAUUACGAAAAUUGCAGAAGCUCUGGUUGAACGGAAAUCAGCUGAAGGAAAUCCCAAGUCAGGCUCUGUCCCAGCUUCCUGAACUGGAAGCCCUAGAUUUAGGCGAAAAUAAAAUUCACUCUGUCCCAGAUUAUGCCUUUCGGAAUCUCACCAAACUCGUUAUUCUAAUGCUGUAUCGGAAUGAAAUCCAUUACAUUGGACCUCAUGGACUGGAUGGUUUGGAGUCUCUAAAGGUGUUGGAAAUCCAUGGCAAUGCUCUGACGCAUUUCCCUGAAGCCGUAGCUAGCUUACCGGCACUUAGAGAACUUGUUUUUUCAGACAACGCCAUCUCUGAGCUGUCUGACUCCGCUUUCCGUAAGAAUCCGAAAUUGACACUGUUAGAGAUGAGCGGCAAUCCUAUCACCAAAGUGGGACCCAGAACGUUUGCUAAUCUACCCAGUCUAAAAAAGCUACGUGUAUCUGAAGCCCGACAGAUGGAUCAUUUUCCGGACUUGACAGGCACCAGCGCCCUCGAGAUGCUGACAUUGGAUCGGGCCAACUUGAAAGAGAUCCCCCCAGAUCUAUGUCAGAAAGUGCCACUCCUGAAAAGACUGAUUCUCAGAUCAAACAAAAUCAGCUUUCUUCCCGAUCUUGAAGAUUGUAGAGAACUUCGACAAAUUGACUUCAGUUACAAUGAGAUAUCAUCGUUAGAAGACAUGCCAUUUCGGUAUCAAAACAAAUUGGUCGACUUAUUCAUUGGAUACAAUUUCAUUCGAUACAUACCUGAAGAUGCUUUCUUUGGACUUCAUAACCUACAAGUUCUUGACCUCAUGCAUAACCAGAUUGAAGAAAUCCACGAACAUGCAUUUAUGAAUCUGUCGAAACUAAGGGAUCUAAAUUUGGGCGAGAAUCAAUUUCCGACCCUUCCAACAGAAGGCCUCCAAAAUCUACGUCAAUUGAAAACUUUUAACAAUAAAAAUCUCCGAGAUUUUCCUGUCCCAGAACACUUUCCGAAAGUUCACACCCUGGCCCUCUCUUACGCAUACCACUGCUGCAUCUUCCGGCCCCUUGCCAGGAGACUGCCCUUACCGGCCACUCUGAAGGAGACCAUCGUCUGGCUAUCCAGGGAGGACGUGGACAUGGAAGCCUGGAGUACGAACAUCACGGAUGUGUGGCCUGGUUAUGAAAAUUUUUCAUCCAAAUUCGAGGAGUUUGCUAGUCAGUUGUGGAAAACAUUCGGCCGCGACUAUGCCAUUCCGGACAAUCUGGCUCAGUUUGCUGAAGAGUAUUUCCAAGAUUAUAAAAUCAGCCAGGGACCGGAGAUUGCAGGCCAUGACAAACAGCCAGUUCAAUGUCUGCCGGAACCAGGUCCUUUUAUGCCUUGCGAAGAUCUGUUUGGCUGGUGGAGUCUUCGCUGUGGUGUGUGGGUGGUGUUCCUACUGGCCAUGCUGGGCAAUGGAGUAGUGGUCAUCGUGCUCUUAUUCGGCCGAAGCAAGAUCGAUGUGCCCAGAUUUUUGGUCUGCAACUUAGCUAUGGCAGACUUCUUCAUGGGAAUCUAUCUGGGCAUACUGGCUGUCGUUGAUGCGUCCACCCUUGGUGAAUUUAGAGUAUACGCUAUACAAUGGCAAAUGUCUGCUGGAUGCCAAAUAGCUGGAUUCCUGGGCGUUCUAAGCAGCGAGCUAUCAGUAUACACAUUGGCUGUUAUCACCCUCGAACGUAACUACGCCAUCACUCACGCCAUGCAUUUAAACAAGCGUCUAUCCCUGAAGCAUGCUGGCUACAUCAUGGGCGCGGGCUGGACCUUCGCUCUCCUCAUGGCUAUCAUGCCCCUCUUUGGAAUCAGUGACUAUCGCAAGUUUGCUGUAUGCUUGCCUUUCGAAACCGAAGACCCUUGGUCUCUCGCUUACGUCGUGUUUCUCAUUCUCAUCAAUGGAGUGGCUUUCUUGACACUCAUGGGCUGUUACUUGAAAAUGUACUGGGUCAUUCGCGGCUCCCAAGCAUGGAACUCGAAUGAUUCGAGAAUCGCCAAGCGUAUGGCCUUGUUGGUCAUUACUGACUUCAUCUGCUGGGCACCCAUUGCCUUCUUUUCACUCACGGCUGUCUCUGGCGCCAACCUGAUCUCUCUCGAAGAAGCCAAAGUAUUCACCAUCUUCGUCCUACCCCUGAACAGCUGCGCCAAUCCGUUCCUCUACGCAAUCUUCACGAAGCAGUUCAAGAAAGAUUGUGUUUUGAUAUGCAAGAGGAUAGAAGAAUCGAGGGUGACCAGGGGCAUUGGUCGCUGUCGGCACAGUUCGAAUUUUUCGAACAGGCACACACCUGCCAACACUAAUUCUGCUGGUGAGAGGAAGAGUGGUGGCACCCAUGCGGCUUAUGACAGACAACCUGUUUGCCAGUGUGGAGCACAUCUUAAAGUACCUGCUGGAGCAAAAUACAUUGAGCCACCACUGACAGAAGCACGCUGGAAGAGCUUAGCUAGAAGAUAUUUAAUGUUCCAAUUUAAUAGAAGAGAGGAUAAUGGUGUUCCUAACAACAGAUCGGCAGCAUAUGCACAGCGUCGUGGAAGGCCAGAACCAUUGCAGAAGAGGGGGUCGAGUAUUUCCAGUGACAAUUUCUCCUCACGCUCAGAUAGCUGGAGGCAAGGAAAUUUUCCACUCAGAUUGCUGGAGAGAGGAGCCAGAAGAAAUUCUUGGACAGGGAGUACCCAAAAAUCAUCCCAAGACUCCUCUAAUAAUUCUUGUAGUAGACAAGAUUCAUCAUCCACUUCAACAUUCAGGUUAUCGAGGUCUAGCGUGAGCAGUGAUGCUUCUAGUUCUCGACCAGGAUCGAGCAUAAAGGAGAGAGCUGCGACGUACCGUAAAGGUGUAGGUGGUGCCAACGUGGUAGAAGUGCAACCAAGAUUCACGAGGGGGAUCACCAUAGCAAAUCUACGAGAAAAACCCAGACUAUGUCGCCAAGGGGCUGUAAUGGAAGAAGUGUCCAUACCACCGAGGUCUUCCUACAGGGGUGGACCUACGGAAACUGCCAUUAUGAGAAAAGCCCAACCCGUCGCACCUGUUCCAAAAAAAGGUGUAUGUUCCACAUGUGGUAGAAGAGAAACUUUGCCCUCAUUGAGGUUUAAAAGCAAGGAACUGGAAGACAAGUUCAACUGUUUCUACAAUCGCCUGGUCGAAACCAGCAACGAGGACAGCAGUGAAGUGAAUACUUCCAAAGAUGACCAAGCGCUCUCCACUGACCGCUCCACUGAUGACCGCAAGACGGAUUCAGGCAAAGAGACAGCUGACACCUCCUUGUCCGAGCAACCUAGUGAAGAUUUUGACUCACAGGAGAAUUCGAAGGAGAAUCAAUAUGUUUCCACCACGAUACGAGUAAACAAUGCCAGACCUGGGCCGAGCUGUUACGGAGGAUUUCCCGCUUCAGCACCUCGCAAAGAAUCUCAUGAUCGGCGUCCAUCCCCAUCCGUUCACAUCAGCUCGGACAACAUCUCAAAAAACAAAUCCAGAAGCAUGUCCAACCUCGGUCUCGAUUUCAAAUUAUUCUCCAGGCAGAGGAAAGCAGUGUCGGACAACUCCCUGAAGAAAAUCUCCCUCAAAAAUCUGCCACAUUUCCUAAGAUCCCUGUCUAGUCAGAGCACCCAGAAUUCCAGCCAAAGGACCACCUUGUGCCAUAAGAGUCAAAGCGGACAAUUGACCCCCUACUCGAUGACACCACGGCCCAUCCCCUACUGUCGAAGCGAGGCCACCAUAGUUAAUAAAUCACCGGACUCGGUCCAUGUAGCCAUGUGGUCACCGCAAGGGUCAUUGAACAAGUUUAGUGAUGAUGAGGUAUCUUCUGCUGACGAAGGAGAUAUUGAUGAAGAAGAAGAUGCUGGCAAUGAACGGGUGAAGGUUCUUGUCAAGCGUAAAUUGAAUCAUACAGAUCGAUCGAAGCCUGAAGAUGGGAAUGCUCCAGAAAGUACCGCUUCACAACAGACACCUCUGUGUGGUACAAUUAGUAGUACCAGUGACGAUACACCAUUAAUCGAUCGCGAGGUUAAACCAGCAUCGUGAUUCCACAUUCAAAGAGAUCUAAACGUCAAUGCAGUACAAAAGAAUUCCGUGUAAGUGUCUAUUUUAUAAAACUGCCUAGAUGAAUCAUCCUUGAAAAAACCAUGUUGACUUUUGAUGGUGGUUGAAAAAUUGAAGCAACUUUUAAAAAGAAUCAUUUUUCUUUUCAAAGAGCUUUAAUGUGACUUCGUUGAGGCAGUUGAAAACAUUCAGUAAUAAUAAUCGAGUCGCAAACUAGUCAAUUGCAGUAAACAUAAAAACAAAAUGGCAUGCUACAUUAAUUUCAUCUGAUGAAUAAUUGCUACAAUCAUUUGUUGUUUGCAGCAAGCACGAAACGUGAAGGGACGCGCCAAUCAAUAUAAAAAUUUCAUCUGAAAACCUGCAGAGGCAUUUUAGUACAAAGGAAAACUGUUUGAUGAAAUUUUCUGAGAAAAAAUAAGUACUUAAUUUUGUUUCUUAGUAUACUUUCUUGUCAGUGAAUAAUUUUUGUGAAAAUUUAUAACUCAAAGUUAUAUUAUUAUCCAAGACAAAAAGGUUUGUCUUAUUGUCAUAGAAAAAAUUAUUAAAAUUCACAAAAUAGCAUUUAAAAAAAAAAACAAAAAAACAUGCUACUUGCAAAUUGUGCUGUAAAAAAUAACUUGUUAUUCUUUACUUAUCCCAUGUUAAAUAUAUGUCAUUGUCAUUAAUAUUUAUGGUACUUCAGUCACAAGUUCACAUUCUGAACUCGCAUCCAUCCAUUCUGUCAUCAUUUCAUCCGUGUGGUCCUAUUUGCUAGCUUUGCUUUGCAAAGGACAGUGAUACCAUUUUUUGAAAGUGAACGUAUAGUCAGCUACAAAGCAACGUGGAUACUUAAACUGUAAAAGAUAUUUAAUAAAGGCGAAAAAGAAAG